GUGGUGUCUGUUUUUAAUUUUAAUUACAGUUCUCUUAUCUGUAGCAGACUGAUAGUGCAGGUCACAUAGCUUCACAGAGGUGCUUAGUUCACCAGUUCACAAUGAACAGGCACCUGAGAGGGGGUAUACCAGGACAACAUUAGGAUGAGGGAGUGGUGGAUUCAGGUUGGGCUCCUGACAGUGCCCCUCAUUGCUGUCUAUCUCCACAUCCCUCCACCCCACAUUUCUCCAACCCUUAAUUCAUGGAAAACUGCCGGGGCCUUUUUUACAUUCAAAGGAAACCACAUCUUUUACAGAGAUUCCUUGGGUGCAGUAGGAAGUUCUGAUGUGGUUAUACUUUUGCAUGGAUUCCCAACAUCAAGUUAUGACUGGUAUAAGAUAUGGGAUGGACUGAAUCAGAGGUUCAGCAGAGUGAUUGCACUUGAUUUCUUAGGUUUUGGUUUCAGUGACAAACCUAGGCCUCAUCAGUAUUCCAUCUUUGAGCAGGCCAACAUUGUGGAAGCACUGAUGGCACAUCUGGGCCUGCGUAAUCAGAAAACCAAUAUCCUCUCUCAUGACUAUGGAGACACAGUUGCACUGGAACUCCUCUUCAGGCAUGAACACAAUAAAACAGGGCAUUUAAUGAUCAGCAGCCUGUGUUUGUCAAAUGGAGGCAUCUUUCCAGAAACACACUAUCCAAGAUUCCUACAAAAGCUGCUUAAAGACAGUGGGGUUCUGUCUCCAAUUCUGACCAGACUCAUUAACUUUGUCUUCUUCUCAAAGGGAAUUGGUGCUGUUUUUGGUCCAUACACUCAGCCAACAGAUGGUGAGUUCUGGGAUAUGUGGAUAGGGAUCCGUGUGAAUGAUGGCCACCUUGUCAUGGACAGUAUUUUGCAGUACAUUAACCAGAGACUGAAGCACAGAGACCGAUGGGUUGGGGCCCUCACGACUACCACAGUACCUUUACAUCUAAUUUAUGGACCGCUGGACCCAGUGAACCCUCAUCCUCAGUUUAUUACUCUGUACCAAAAACUUGUUCAGAGGUCCACAGUGUCAGUUCUUGAUGAUCAUAUCAGUCACUAUCCACAUCUGGAGGAUCCUACAGGCUUCAUGAAUGCUUACCUCAGCUUUAUCAACUCUUUCUGAUCACACACUACUGCUUUGCUUAAAGCUUUAGAUUAAUAUGGCUCCCUGAAAACUAAACAAAAAAUGAUUUUGCAUUACUUUACCACCCUAUUAGGAUAUAUGGUGGAUUUAGUAGAUUGGGUCUCUUCCUAUUAUUAUUUAAAGUAAAAAUAUUCUUUGCCAAUUAUACCCACAAAGAAAGUCAUUGGUAAUGAUAGUUUUAAGGAUAGUAUCAUCCGUAUUACAAUAUUUCCUGGACCAAAAAGACUUUUUUUUUUACUGUUGAGGUUACUCCAAGUAACCGUGGGGUACAAACCAUAUUUUCUUUUAAGUGAUCACAAACUAAAAUGCAUGUUGUACCAGUGUUACAUGGAGUGCCUCAGUUACCGACAUCCUGUACCUUCCAAUUUAGACUAUAUUGUAACUGUUAAGAUGCAGCGGUCUUAAAGAAUGUUGAAUUACAUCCCCUCCAACCAUUUAAAAUAGUGGUCAACGAUAUGAAAAUUUACAUAUGAAAAGCAGUAACUUACUGAUCCUUUGCUUCAUGAUAUCCUUGGAAUAACACCCUACAGACGGCCAACAGUGCAAAACUUAAUGCUGAAUGCAAAUAGUGUUUGGUACCCAAAUAUCAAUCAGUGAAAUAAAAUUCUUAAGUAAUAAGGUAGUGUGCAGUGUUUCUUUGUCUUUGAGACUGACAAUGAUUGUUAUGGAUAGGGUUUAUUGUAUCUCAAUAUAAAAUAACUUGAUUAUAUUGUGUUAGUAUUGUAGCAGUAUUUGCAUUAAAAAGCAUAUCUCUGCAAGCGUUCCAUACGUCUCUUUAUGGAGUGUAUGUAUUGUGACAUUUCUGGUUUCGCUGUGCUGAAAAAUGAAUCCCAUUACAGCAUAGCAAAUUGAUAGUGUUGAACUUCAAGAACACUGUUGUUUAGCUUAGUCGUUAGAUACACCAUGUUUAUUUCACAGAAAGCUCCCAAGUUUCAUUGAAAAAGUUAGUGAUGAAGCAGAUACCUUAGAAUCCCAUGAUAUUGUAAUAUGGAAAUUAUCGAUAUCAAACAAUAACAAUAUUGGUGCCCAUCACUACUUUUAAAUUCAAUAAAGCGUUUAAUACCUGAACUUUAAAAUGAUCAAAUAAAUCAUGGAGUUAAAUUAUACAAAUACAGUAUGUAGCAAACAAUAAAUGUAGAAUUUCAAGCAUAUCAGUAGUAAUUCAAGAAACUACAAAUAUCAGCAUUCUUUAAGACCUCCAGUAUUAAGCCAGUGAAAACCAAGGUACGAGUGACUUGUAUUGAUAAGUGAACUUCCAGGGGUAGUGGAUUCCCUGUUUCAUGAGUGUUGUAUGUUCAUACAGUAGUGUAUUUUAAUAAGUGUAUACUAAUACAACAGUAUUUUUGUGGUGAAAUUAUAAAGGAAUGUACUGCCAUUCUUGCUAAACAGAGCAACAAAACAAAUUCAAAAGAAGCAAUUAUAAUUAAUCUUUAUUUUAUGCAAAUAAACUAGUUUUUCAAAAA